AUGCAUGACCGCUGCGGAGUUCCAGCUGGCGAGGAUCUACUGCAAGCUGUGGCUGCGAUGGACGGUGCUCAAAGGCAUCAUGCAGAAAAUGUCAUUGAGGAGAUGGAAGAGGAGGGACGUCGCACAUUGCAAUUGGCCCAGGGUGCUGUUGAACUUGGCAAAUGGUUGCAUUGGUGGAAUGUGCCCACAGCGAUUGUCACUCGCAACACGCAAGCAACAGUGCAGCAUUUGCAUGAAAAACUGUGGUGCCCAUACAACUUGCCAAAAUUUUGGCCUUCAGUUGCGCGAGAAUUUGUACCACCAAAGCCGCAUCCUGCUGCCCUAGAGAUGAUUGCCUGGGAAUGGGAUGUCGCCCUUGGGCAGGGGUUGCUUAUGGUUGGCGACUCGCCGUCCAAUGAUAUCGCCUUUGGCAAGGCGGCUGGCGUGUCAACAGCACUCGUAGAUGCAGACCGCAGACAUUUUGAAGAGCAAACAGGUGCAGACUUUGUCGUGCAGAGCCUCGUGGAGCUUCCACGCAUUCUGUGGCAACAUUUCGACGUCAACCCCUCGGCUGAAGGUCCUCGGAGACGCCCUCCAAUUCCAAUCAGUGCAGCUUGCCGUGCAGCCUCAUCGGGCGAUGUGCCCACAUUGCAGCACAUGGAGUUGAAGGUCAAGCAUUGCAAGCAACUGUGUUCUCGCUAUUGCCCAGACAUUUUUCUUGCUGAGUCUGGGAGUGUCGCAGUGGUGGAAAUGCUUCUAGCUGCUGGGGUGGACGCAAAUGCCAAAGGUCGGACCGUUCAACAUGUUUUUUUCAGCAUUAAGUUUAAUUAG